AUGAAUGCACAUCAUAAAGAACUUAUAAUACAAUUCGAAUUAUUAUUUGGAGUUCAAAAUGAAUUAAAAGAAUCAUUUUAUAUUGUUGAAUCAAAUUGGCAAAACAAAAAAGAACUUUCUUGUUUGCAUGAAAUCGAUCAAUGGGAACAAGAAGUUAUCAAUCGUAUACAACAAAUUGCUGAAAAAGCUCGAACAACAGUUAAUGAUAUAAUGACAAAGAAUAUAUCUGAUAUUCGUCAACGAUUUGAUCAACUUAAUUUUGAUAUGCAACAACGUCAACAAGAAGGAAAUUAUUUAGAUAAUGAUAUUAUUGAAAUACGAAAUCAAUUAGAACAAUUAAAUAAUUCUAUUAAAAAUAUUAAUGAAAAAAUUCGAAUUAAUUAUACAGGUACAAAUAAAAUCGAUUGGAAUUCUUUAAUAAAUAUAACAACAGAUAAAAAAUUCAUAGCAAAAAAAUUCAUAGAAAAUCGUUUCAAUUAUUCAGAAUUUCAUUCUGAAGAAGAAAGCACUCAAGAGAAAAUUUGGAAGAAUUUACGAAAAUUCAUAAAAAAUAAACAUACAAAUAAUGAUUUCAAAAUUCAACAAUCAAAUUUUAAACGUAAUACAUUGUCACUUUGUGAACCAAUCAUACUUACUUGUGAUACAUCGACUUAUUCAACUUCUAAACGAAAUCCAUAUGUUAAUUCAUUGUCCGAUAAUAUUCAACGAAAUUCAUUAUCGAGUGAUGCACUAAUGAAUUCUAUAACAUUUACGACAAUCAAUCAUGAUCAAUUACUUCCCCAAGCAUCCGAUGCAUAA